CUGAUUCCAAAGUCAGAGGUUGGAGUUCUGUCAGAAGACUCGCGAAAUGUGGUUCAGCUGAUUGAAAAUGCUUAUAAGAGGCUGACGUCCAAGAUAACGCUGGCCCACUCCAGUCUCCCUGAAGAUGUGCAGAUCCUCUACAAGCCUGUGUGCAAACAUGGAGAAGGAGAGAGUGCCAGUCAGGGUGUGUGCGACCGUGUGGGAGAAGGAGAAGAGAUCUCCUUUAACAUCACCGUGACGGCAGACUCAUUCAUGAAGGAGGAGAAAUCCUUCAACAUCAAACUCCUGGGCAUCAGAGAUACUCUGACGGUGUCCUUAUCCACCACCUGUGACUGCAACUGCCAGGACGACACCAACAUAAACCACGAACACUGCAACUGGAACGGCACCGUGUCCUGUGGCAUUUGCAGCUGCAGGGACGGUUUCGUCGGUCAGUUCUGCAACUGCUCUGUUGAAAAUGAAGACGAGAAAAGCUUGCUAAAGCGCUGUCAGAGGGAUAACGGCACCGAGUGCGAGGGCAGAGGAGAAUGUGAAUGCGGCCGCUGCCGCUGCCACGCCUCGGACAGUGGAGCCAGUUUCUAUGGCGACUUCUGCGAGUGCGACGAUGAACACUGCCAGAAGUUCCAGAACAAACUGUGUGGAGGACACGGAGAUUGCAAAUGUGGAAAAUGUGAAUGUAAAAAAGGUUACCAGGGCUCUGCCUGUCAGUGCAAAGAGUCCAACGAGGACUGCCGUCCCGCUGGGGUGGCCCUUCUGUGGGAGAAGAACCAUGUGUGCUACGGCAGAGGAGUCUGUAUCUGUGGUACAUGCAAAUGCAACCAAGGAUAUCAGCAACCCUUCUGUGAGAAGUGCCUCGGAUGCUCAGAUCCAUGCCAGACCCAAAUGAACUGCGUCGAGUGUCUUGGAUUUAAUUCUGGUGUCUUGGAAAAGAACUGCACUGAGAACUGCAGAGGCCUUUCUCAUCAGCUGGUGGAGUCCUUCAACAUGUCCGGGAAGGAGUGCCAGCAGAAGGACAGCGAGGGAUGCUGGGUCAAGUUCAGGCUGCAGGAGCUGUUCGGAGUGGACAGAUACAAGGCUGAGAUCCUGAGGAAAAGAG